GUUUCUAUUAACUGUGAUUAAUUUAAUCGGUUGAUUACUCUAUCGGAAUUGACCAAUCGCAUUUGCCAAUAUUGGUUAACGACAGAUGCGAUUGGUUCAUUCCGUUGGAAUGAACAGCUGGUUGAGUCAACCACAGUCAGUAGAAACGGACAUUAGCUGCGCGUGGAAAGUUACAAACCCACAAGUCUCUAUAUUACCGGCAUGACAGAUUUCCUAACCUCGCGUGUAUCAUUUUUUAACAGUUUAUUUCUCGCAAAGUAGAGCCGAGCGGUGAUUUUAAUUUUCAACUUCGGCUUUUACACGUCAAAAUACGUAAGAUAAGUGAGUUUGAACGAAAUCCAAGAGUGAGAUCAAGAAGUUUUAUGUACGAUGGCUGCAACAAGAGAAAGACGUUCAAAUGCAGGAAAUAAAAUGGCAAGAUUAUUAAAUGAGGAGGAAGAGGAUGAAUUUUAUAAAACUACAUAUGGUGGCUUUGACGAAGUGGAGCAGGAUCAUGAUUACAUGGAAGAAGAUGAAGGAGAAGAUGAGGUAGACUCAGAUUUUAGUAUCGAUGAGAACGAUGAGCCAGUAUCUGAUACUGAGCAAGAAGGGCCAAAAAAGAAACGUAGACUGGUAACAAAGGCUUAUAAGGAACCUAAAGCUACAGCAUCACAUACUACAUCAACACCUAAGGAAAGGAAAAUAAAACAGCCAAAACAAACUAAAACUUUUAUAGAUAGUAUAGGAAGAAAGUCAAUACGUCGUUCUACUGCUGCAAAGUCUGCAGCUACACAAAAACGCUUGCGUGAAAGAAAUGAAGAUCAGAAGCGGAAGACAAAGAUUGUAAGGCAUGAUGUAUGGAAACCAACGCAGGAGGAAUUACUGGAAGAAGCUCUGCAAACAGAAGAAGUUAAUAUGAAGUCACUAGAAAAAUAUCAGAAGUUAGAAAGUGAAAAGAAAAACACCAGGACUGUAAGAAAAACACACGUCGGCCCAAUGAUCAGGUAUCAGUCACUAUCUAUGCCAGUUAUGGUGCUAUCUGAAACCAUUGUAGAUGAUAAAGAUGAAAGAAUUAAUGUUGAAGGUGAUGGUGACAAAAAUACAACCACAGUUUCUAAUACAAAUUCUGACAUCAUCUUCAUAAAAGAAGGAAGUAGAACAGAAUCAAAGGCAGACUGUACGGAUGAUAAAAAAGAGGAAUCUGCUGACACAACAGACUUGACCUCUAUUAAAAAGAAAGAUAUUUUUGGCGAAGAAACUGGGACGUUUUAUGAACGCACGUUUAUUACUUUCGAAAAUGAUCAAUCAUACCAAGGCGUAUUCAAGAAAUCUACACAGCAAAGAGCUCCGUUAAAACCUUUAUGUGCAGUCACAAGACUGCCUGCUAAAUAUUUGGAUCCCAUGACACAGUUACCAUAUAAAAACAUACAGACAUUCCGAUUGCUUCGAGAGGCGUAUUAUCAACAGUUAGAAGCUCGUAGUGACGUUAAUGAAACCUCUCAAAACCCAGAAUUAAUGCGGUGGCUCGAAUGGAGGCAGAAAAAUCACAGUAAUUCGCAAAGGAACACGAUUCGUCUGGAACCAGCAUCUUUAACUCUACCACCGUAGCUUUUUUACUUUAAACUUGAACGGUAUUGACUUUAUAGUAUUAACAUUUUAGGAUGCAAGUUAUGUUUGAUUAAAACAUGAUAUGCAACGUUUUAAAAUAUAUUAUAAAAUAAUCUUGUUUAACAUUUUGCUCGAGAUUUCCGUAAAAAAAUUU